GUACAUCUUGUCAUUUUGUUCCAUAAGGAAGUAAAAUGUUCAUAAACAGAAUGUCUUUAAUGGUGACACAACUACCAUUUGUGAAACAUAUCUUUCUAAAUUGUUGGGUAAGAAGUGAGGCUGCUUCACAAAUUGUUUCAACAGAAUUUAACACUGAAAAUAGGAACGGUUCCAUUAGUCGAGAAGAACAACCACCUGUGAUAAAACCAGAAUGACUCCAUCUGGAUUCAUCCUUGUUGUUGGCUGUUUUUCUUGUGUGAUGCAGAUUAAAGGAAUCAGUGGACAAACCAUUGUUCUUUACCACACACCUGAACAGGACGUCACUCUGCCCUGCAAAAGUGCCCCUAUGUGUUUCCGUGCUGACUGGUUGUACCAUGAGGACUCUUCCAGUUCUAUGCAAGUUGUUAAAAAUGGAAAUGUAGUGCAGAGUUCAGCUCAGGCCUCCAGGAUAAGAGUGAACUUUGACUGUUCUCUGAGCAUUAGAAAUGUCUCAGAGGAGGAUGCUGGUCUGUACACCUGUCUUGGUCACACAUGGAUGGACGUGGACAGAAGUCAAAUCGCAGUGCAUCUGAACAUCCUGACAGUGGAUCCAUUCAUCCCAGGUUCAAACAGAGGUGGAAUCAUCACAUUAGAAUGUUCAUUGUGGAGAUUCGUCGACAAUAGUCCUUGUCCACGGAACAACCUCCGGUGGGUGGAUGAGACUGGCUCGGUGCUGAAGGAUGAAUAUUCUAAAUACAAACUCCUCCUACAGAGAAAAUGCACCUGUGUUCUGAAAGUGAAUCAGAGUCACCGCAACCGGAGAUACACCUGCCAGUUUGUCGAUGAGAACAAUAACACACUGAUAUCUGCAGAAUACACACCUGUCUUUACCAGUGACAAACAAGACGAUCAGACAAAAAACUCAGCUGCAGAUUGCGCUGUUUGGACUCCUCUGAGCUGUUUCAUGUUGGCUCUGCGCAUUAUAGAAGUGUUUAUGAUCACUGUAGUUACAGUUCUUCUCAUCAGAAACACAGUAAGAAGAACAUCUUAAAAAGCCAUAAAUGUCAUUAAAGAUGAUGAGGAGGUAAAGUCUGAAAAUGUGGAAGCUCGUCCUACUGCCUCCAGUCCUGACAACUUCCACCUUCUGUAUUUACAAAAUUAAAGCUUCAGCCUCAUAUUUUAAUUUAAGGUCAGUUAUCGUCUGUUCUGGUAACAAGCAGAUGUAUGUUUAUGCUGACAGAUGCAUAGAAAUACCUCACAAUGUUUUACUCAUACGGUAGUUUGGGUUUUGUACCUGGGUUCACUAUAUAGAUACUGGUGAUUAUCCAUUUGUGUUUGUUUGUAAUUAUGAUGUUUUAUGGUCAUUACACCACUUAAAAGUACUUGGAAUGGAAGAGCUGUUAAUUAAAACAAAUUCAAGUCAACAAAUUUGUCCCUGAACUUAAAAAAA